UAGUGGAGGUCGGGAGCCAGACUGCACGCGACAUAGGGACUGUACGCUGUCCUGUCUCGCCUGCCGCUCUUCCUCGCUCCUCCUGACUCUCCUUCCUUGGGUCAAUUGGCGCUGAGUCCUGACUACCCAUCGUGCUGUGAUCUGAUGUGAAGAAGAGAAGACACACAUCAUAUCGUCUCUCCUUAGCCUGCCCUUUACUUCACUUCAGAGACUCAUUGUCAGGCCAAUAUUUGAUUAAGCGGCUGAGUGAAAGCGAGGUAAUCCCGCCGCUCCUCCCUCACCCCGCAGCCGCCUGGAUUAUGGCUAUUGGCAGGCUGGCUGUGGACUUGGACUCUUCAAAGUACUAUCUGGUUACCGUGGCUUCCCUCGCCUGCUGGGAUUCCAUCUCGCCGGCCACUCUACCCAUCGCGAUGUGAGGAUGCUGUGUCGCAGAAUAAGUGUACCCGUGUGCCGCCGUAUCCCUCGCUGGUCCCUCCCUCUGCACCUAGCGCCACGAUGACUGCCAGAGAGAAAGCAAAGAACAGCAAGCUAGAGUUCUUUCUGAAGAAGAACUUUCACCCCACCGUCUACAACAACAUAAGGCUGUACGAGGCGGUGAUCGUUCGCUCGGGAAACUCACUGUCGUACAAGCAGGCGGUGGUGACUGGCCAUGAUGUGUACCUGACGGAGACUCCGCCGCGCACUCUCACCCACCUGCUCCACGCCUCCCACAUCACGGACGUCAGCUUGGUGCAUGACUUGCCUGAGUUCCUGCGAGGUGGAGUGAGGGACCAGACCACACACAUCCUGGUUAGGUACCGACCCUCCAGAUCCACCUCACUGGUCAAACUGAAGCUGUCACCUCCCUCCCACUCCCAGCCCAGCCCUUCUUGCAUUGAUGAGGAAAGUGAAGAGGAGGAUGCCUUUGAGGAAGCCACCCAUGCCCUUGCCAAGGCAGCCCAUGACACCGCCAGUGUGUGCAGCGACCCACUUAGUUCCCUCCACACCCCCAGAGACUCUUUAGAUGGAAGACGGAAGUCCUUCUCUUUAAGCAGAGAACCCCUUCUGUCCAGUAGGAGCUCCUCUCACCUGCUCUUACCUCCCAACCAUGAUCAAGUGUCUUCUUUAAGCUGUGCCAAAUCACCUCCAGAUCACAUUUACAGCAAUGACUCUCACUCAUCCAUGAUUGCAGAUGUCCUGAGCAGAGUGGGACAGCAGAUCACUCGGUCAACAACACCAGACGCUCUUCCUCGCACCAAGAUGUCCCGGUCCCUCAGCGCCCUUGAGACUUACCAUCGCUCCUCUCCACUAGCCCUUGAGCUCCCUACAAGAAGCAAAAGUGUCUUAGAUAAACCUUCAACUGGGCACCAACCUCGGCGAAGUCAAAGCCUAAACUUGAGAGACAUGACAGAUGGAAAUGGUGAUGAGAAAGAAGUUCAUCUCUAUACACUUUCAACUUCUACCCUCCUUUUCCACCUGCUCCAUUCCCUUUGGGUCUCGUCUUCUCUAAUCAGUACAGCUAAGCCUGAAGAAGUAAGACCAGUGUUUCCUGAGAUCUCAAGUGAGCAUGGUUUAGAACAUGCUUUUGGUCAGAUACAAGCACAACUUAUGACAUCUUCAACAUUGGAACACAGAUUCUCCAUCUUGCAAGAACUUCAAGAAGGUGUCAGGAAAUUUAGCACUGUUAAAAGGCUUGUGUGGAGGGAUUCUGAUACAUUAAAAAUCAUGGGAAAAUUCAUCAAGAGAUACAUGAAGAUGACAAGUGCCUCUCACAGAACUCAAGGCACAGAGGAACAGCUUCAGAAGCGACAAGAUGAGUUGGAACUGUUGAUAAUGACACUGGAGACUGUGGCAUUGUGUCUCCAAGGAACACAGCAGUGUCCCUCUAAGAUUAAGGUGAUGAGAGAAAACAAGUUUGAGUGUCUGUGCACUCUUAUAACUGAAACUAUUAAAGCACCUGAGGUCCCUGGAACAUACAAGUUGACAUGUGAACGUUGGCUGACUGACUUUAGAGAGCUGUCAUCACGUGCCUGGGAGAACCUGCCUGAGAGUGAGCUUCUGAAGCUAGUGCAGGAAGUGCUACAUGCAAGUGUCUGUGCCCUUUAUGAACUGAUGAAUUGUGUUACUGAACUGUCCUGGGCAUGUGGUGUUCAGCCCAGUACACAUGAGAAUAUACCCAGCUUGACAACUUUUCUCCAGCAUGUCCCAGUGGAAAACUGGCUGUUCUACAGUGUGCCUCAGAUGCUUGCACUGCUGCAGCCAGAUAGUAGUGGUGCAGCUAGUGGGUAUGAUGCAGCGCUCAUCCAUCAGUACUGCACUGUUCUUGCUAAUCUGAUCCACCACAAUCCUCGAGCACUGCAGUACUGUAUCACAACUUAUGCAGAGGAGCUAAGAUAUUACGUUCAAGAGUCUGUGGUGAGUAGUCGCCUUAGGGAAAAUUGUCCGAUAAAACCUCAUACCCUCAAAGUCGUUCACCUGAUUGCUCAGCUGAUGCGAUCCAAGAAUGCUCUUCGGAACAGAUGAGUAUCAGCACUUUACACUCAGAACUUUUUAUGCUUAUCAUUAUUUUAUAUUUGAUAUAAUUUAAUCAUACAUAAAUUAUUUUACAUAAUCUUCCAUCAUUAUAUCAUCACUGUAUAACUUGAUUCAUGCAACUUAUCCAAGUAUCAUAUAUGAGUGUUAAGUAGUUUCAGAGUUCAUAUUUGAAACAUGAAGUUUCCGAACUUUUGUUUAGUUUGAUAUGAAUAUGUAUACAUAUGUGAUAUUGUGCUGCACAUAUGCACUUGUUCAAUAUUGCCAAAGAUUACUGUGAAUGCAUUCCUUAGAAGUGUGUUGUGAUUAUUGUCCAAACAAACUAGUAUAGCUUACAUAUUAUUUUUUUUCUUGUUCUGAAAUAUUUCCUCCACUAUAUUCAUAUUAGUAGUACAUACUCUUCAUUAUAUGGAAAUAGACUUGGAGAUGUCCCCUUAAUAACCUGCAGUCUUUUCCAAUCAGACUCAAGACUUUUCAGAGCAUUAGCUCUUUGCCUCAUUACAUUGCUGAUGAUCAAAAUAUGUAAUUACAUUUAUUGAUGUGACUGAUGUUUUGAAAUCAAAACUAAAUCUCCUCAUUCAUUGUGCUGAUAGUAAGGUGCAGUAUCACCUUUUAGUAUCUAAAGAUCUUUGUUAUUAUUCCAUAAGAGUGAUGCAUACAUCAAAAUAACAUGAUACCUCUCUAAUAAACACAAAUAGUACAAAUUAUAGCCAAAUACCCACAGUGAUGAAAGAUUAAUCAAUUAGUAAUACAAACAACAGAUUCUACAAACUUGAAAAUCCAAUAUUAACAACCUUGAUUUUUUUUAAAUGAAAGGGGCAUGUGGCAUUUAACUUCAAAUAGAUCAACAAGGGAGAGGUAUGUUCUUGAAAUUAUAAAAAUACUUGUGACCCAGUAUUUUUUUUUUUUAUAAAUCAAUCAGAUUUUAACAUGCAGGUAUAAGAUCUGACUAUAUAGUAAAAUCAAAUAUCAUUUGCAAUAACUAUCUCCUUCUCUUUGUUUGUUAGCAAUAGGAAAAGAGUGUUGGUCCUAUGUGCUGUCAUCCAUAUUUUGUGUGUCAUGAUACAUGAAAUUAUAAGCAUCAUUACUUGGCAUGCAUGCCAAUAUAUUCAGGUAAAGCUAUAUACAAACACCAGUAGUGCCUACAAUAAAUUUUUGUACUGUAUCACAGUGUGUGUGUGUGUGUGUGUGUGUGUGUGUGCGUGUGUGUGUGUGUGUGUGUGUGUGUGUAUUUAUGUAGUUAUAUUUGCCUAAUUGUGAAAUACAGGAUAAGAGCCACAUUUGGCUUGUGCUGUCCCAUCUCCAUAUUGACUUUUAUCCAGAUUUUCUUUGAAUUUAUGGACUGUCUUGGCACACACAGUCUCAUCAAUAAGUUUUUUUUUUUUUCCAUACUGUUAUGCUUCUGUGGAGAAAGCUAUGUUUCUUAAUGUCUCUUCUGCAAACACUCCUUUUCAGUUUCCUUCCAUGUCCUCUGGUAUCUCUCAUAUGUGAUAUCACAAGAACAUCCCUGUCCAACUUCUCCAUUCCUUCCACUAUAUUAUAUAAUGCUUUCAAAUCACCUCUUUCCCUAUUUUUUUCCAUUUCCCAAUCUCUUCAACCUUUCUUCAAAACUAUACUCUCUUAGGCUUGUAGGGAUUUUAGUUGCACCUCUCAAAAUUCUUUCUAGCUUUCUGAUAUCCUUCUUCAAACUUGGUGACCGCACUAAUGCUGCAUACUCCAAUUUUGGACAUAUCAUUGUUGUUAUCAUUUUUUUGACCAUAUCUUCAUCAAUAUAGGUGAACACCAUCUUGAUGUUUCUCAGGUGAGUGUGUGUGUGUGUGUGUGUGUGUGUGUGUGUGUGUGUGUGUGUGUGUGUGUGUGUGUGUGUGUUACUUCACCAAGUAGGGAAAAACAAACAUAUCACACUCACUAAACUCAUGCUUUUCUUCACUUUAUGGAUCAUGUACAUAUGCAGAGCAAAAUCUCCCUGACAUUUUACUUAUCAUAUUGAGUACAAAUUAGUCAUUAAUGAAACAUUCAGCAAAACAAAGCAGGCUUAAAGAAUUACAAUAUUCAAAUUCAGAGAUAUAGUCUGAUGUAAUUUAUUAUUUAAAUUUUUCUCAUGUAUUUUCUCGUAUUUGCUGUAUGUGCAUAUAUAU